CCGACAAUGUCGGGUGUCGAGGCGGCUUUCGGCAUUGCCGCCAGCGGUGCGGGUCUGCUCUCGCUGAGCAUUCAACUCGUGGAAUCCGCUGCAAAGCUGAAAAAGAUCUACCACGCGGCUCGGGAUGCACCUCGAACGAUUGCCAGACUCCAGCACAGUUUAGAGACGAUAGCCCUAGCCUUGCGGCAACUCGAGCAACGCCGACAGCAGGGAGGUGCCACCGACGCUCUCCUCACCCGCUGCAUCGCCGAAUGCGAACUGCAUACCGCCGACAUACAAGAACUGGUUGAUAAAAUGGAUGACCGCCUCUCUGGGGAUGCGAAGAUAGGUGGCAGGUUAUACAUUGCAUUCAAACAGCGGGGUGUCAAAGAGCUACUUGAUGGGCUAGAGAAGGCAAAGAGCUCUCUCGAGCUAGCAUAUAUGAUGUACCUGGGCGAAGAACAAAUGCGACGAGAUCAGGCGUAUACUGAUAUGCUAGCAAUCCAUGGCACUCUCAUCAGCGGUCUUCAAGCUCAACUUUCCGCCGGGAACGCCAGUCUUUUGCAACAGUUAACAUUGCUUGGCCAGUCUUCGGUGUUGUCGCCGCAACAUCGACAGAUGAUAUUCUCAACACAGACGGAUAAUACUAACACUGCUACAGCCCGCGGACCUGUUGUCGCUGGGUUUCUGGAAACCGAAACGACUGAGAUACGAGGGGUGUCGAAUGUUCAAGUGAUUCAUCGCACCAGCCAAUGUGAGCGCUCUUUUGGGAUCAGAGGCGUCAAGAGAAAGAACAACAACCCGCGAUUCCGGGCCACUUUUCGAUUCCCUUCUUGGCUUACUACUCGAAUUUUUGAUUUUGCCGCCACUCAGGCUCAGUGCGGGUGGUCGAUACACUUGCGUACAUUCAAUCAAGUACCAAGAAACUCUCUCAUCUUCCACUAUUGCCAAAAUGGCAACCUCGAAGGAAUGAGGAGACUCAUUGAAGGCGGAAAGGCAACACCACUAGAUACCCUAGGCGACUGUACGCUCAUUGAGGCUGCUGCACGCACAGGGCAGUUGGAAGUCUGCCGAUUCCUCCUCAGCCAGACCACUUGGCUAGACCAUGAGAGGCUGAGCAGCGCUCUGUGCAACUAUAGCCUGCGCAUACACAGCCAGGAUGCAGAAAUGUACCGCCUUUUCUUGACGGACCCAGGCUUUGAGGUCUAUACAGACCUCGACGACAUUGGUCGAUGUACAUGGUUAGAAAACUGCGUGAAUAUGGACAACCUGGAGAUCGUGCUGCAAAAUCAACUGCCCGGGUUCGAUUCUGGCUCAUUAGAGGCGAGAUUUGAGCUGGCCUCGCAGCUCCCAUUGCUGGAUGCGGCUGAUUUUAUGAGAUUCGUCGGACUCCAUAAACCACUGGAUCCAAGAUUCGCUUCGUUGAAGAGUAGCAAGGGCAGAACCGUCCUCCACUACGUUGCUACCAAAAACCCCUUGCGCAACCAAGGAUGGUUCGAUAUUGGGCUCAGCGCCCUGAAGAGUGGCGCAGAUCCUUCGACCAUUGCCGCUCCUCAAUACGACUUUGGCUAUGAUCCGGCCGGCUGGCAAGCGACGCCAUUGCUGGACUUUCUCCAUAUUCACGAUUGGCGAUUGCAGGGCUUGGGGACACCACUGGAUCGGAUUCAUACCUGGGCCGAAAUGAUACAGCGAGCCGGACUGGGCCUGUGAGAGUACGGUGAACACGAGAGUGAGGUUUGGAGAACUCUCGGUGUCCAGAAUGGCC